GAGUUCUUUCAAACAUGGAUAAACAAUGGCGAACCAAUUGUUUACUGGCUUUCUGGAUUUUAUUUUACUCAAUCUUUCAUAACGGGUGUCUUACAAAAUUAUUCCAGAAAAAAUCAUUUCCAAAUUGAUAUGAUAGAAAUAAAUUUCGAAGUUACCAAAUUUGAAAUGGAAGCUGAAAGCUCUCCAUCAUUGGGUGCUUAUAUUAGAGGUCUCUUUUUGGAAGGAGCACGUUGGAAUCGAAAUUUACAAAUGAUUGAUGAAUCCUAUCCUAAAAUUUUAUUUGAUACAAUUCCAGUUAUAUUCUUCCGUCCCUCACUAAAAAAAUUAGACCAUGCAGAAGUAGAGAUUAACUUACAACAAAUAUACGACUGUCCGGUGUAUAAAACCAGUGAACGCCGUGGUGUGCUCUCCACAACUGGGCACUCCACCAACUUCGUUAUGUAUAUGCAACUUAACUGCACAAUGAUUCCAACGCACUGGAUUAAUCGCGGUACUGCAAGUCUCUGUCAAUUGGAUGACUGAAAACUCUAUUGUGCGAUUUUCAAAACAAAUUAUUAAGUU